GCAAUGGGCACCGCGCGCCGUUUCGCGAUGAUACCCGGGCCCAAGCCCUUACCACUAAUAGGCAACUCUUGGCGCUUUGCCAUCGGCAAAAAGCCUUGGCGCACUCAAUCACUGGACGUCACAUUGUGGAAGUUACGUGAAUUGGCUGGAACAGGUGGUGCUGCGAAAGUCGCUAAACUAUUUGGGCACCCUGAUUUGGUUUUUCCGUUCUGUGCCGAAGAAACCGCGAAAAUAUACAGACGUGAAGAUUCCUUACCGCAUCGAGCGGUCGCUCCGUGUUUGAAGCAUUAUAAACAAGAGUUAAGAAAAGAUUUCUUCGGAAAUGAACCGGGUUUAAUUGGAGUGCAUGGAAAACCAUGGUCAAAAUUCAGGUCUAAAGUAUCAAAGGCACUAGUAGCACCAGAAGCUGCUAGAUCCGCAGUACCAUGCUUAGACCAUGUAGCUGAGGACUUCGUCAAACAAAUGGACAACAUGCUGGAUGAAAAGAGCGAGCUUCCAGAAAGUUUCCUCACAGAACUGUAUAAAUGGGCGCUUGAAUCUGUAGGAGCUUGGGCCCUAGGAACUAGACUAGGGUGUCUAAGUAAUGACGAUGCUGCUGCCAAAGAAAUUAUCAAAAGUAUACAUGGGUUUUUCCACAGUGUACCCGAACUAGAACUGUCUGCGCCACUGUGGAGAUUAUAUUCAACUCCUGCGUAUAAGACAUACGUAAAAGCAUUAGAUUCCUUCAGAUCCCUCUGCUUAGAAAGACUAACUGAUAAAGGAAUAUGUGCUCACAUUGCUAAAAUAUCGGGAGAAAAGGUUGCUACUAUUUUAGCAUUAGAUUUACUCUUAGUCGGUGUAGAUACAACUGCAGCGGCCGCAGCGAGUACAAUAUACUUAUUAGCGAACAAUGAGAGAGUCCAGAAACGAUUACAAGGCGAAUUGGAUAAUAAUCUGCCUAAAGGGCGACCCCUUACUUGCAAGGAUCUAGAUCAGCUUCAAUACCUACGAGCGUGUCUAAAAGAAGCAUUGCGAAUAAAACCGGUGAUAUUGGGCAAUGGAAGGUGUAUACAAUCUGACGUUGUCAUAUCGGGAUAUGAGGUUCCUAAAGGAUCGCACGUUGUGUUCCCGCAUUAUAUUAUGUCAAACGAAGAGAGAUACUUCCCUUCACCAGAAGAAUAUGUACCGGAGAGGUGGUUAAGAGACACAAAUAAGCUUGAAAUGGAGAGCACAAAUACAACAGACUCUAAACAUUCCAAAGCAAUGAACAUAUGGAAGAAACAGCGAGAAAUAGGUAUCCAUCCAUUCGCUUCCUUGCCGUUUGGAUUUGGACGACGAAUGUGUAUUGGCAAAAGAUUUGCAGAGGUCGAACUACUGUUACUGCUUGCAAAGGUGUUUCACAAAUACCACGUGUCAUGGGGCUACGGGGAGCUGACGUACAGCGUAACCCCCACUUACGUGCCUAACGAACCCCUGCAGUUCACACUCGAGCGCAGACAAGAGAGACGCCAAUAACCAAUCAGAGGCUUCAAUUAAUUCAACCGUUCGAUUGAUUUUUAUCGUUAUUGUAAUCUAGUAUGCGCUUUAUUCUAGGUUAAUUGAAGACUGAAUACUUGACAUAACUGUUGUUGUUUUUGAAUUUAAAACUUCAAUUAUGUUUCAUUAACUUUUCACAACCAAAAAUCUUAGUGUAGACUGUAGGCAAUUAAGAGGCUAUUAAAUAUUAUCAAUAAAAUUUUAAAUAUAUAGCAUUCUUUCCAGUUCCAAUAUCAGCACCGCUAUUAAUUCUCUAUAACCGCUUUCACAUAUUAUUAUUUAUUAUAGACAUUUUGCAUUAAUGAAUCUUUUUUAUGUCAUAGAGUGCGAUACUUAACAAACAUAUUAUGUACUUUGGUAUUGAAAAUAAAAAUCCUAAUCGAAAUAUGUUUCGAUAUUCGUGUACUAUGGUACAAACUGUUUUCCGAACCGGUGCUAAAUAAUCUUUUUGCAUUUUGACGAUUCAAAAGCGCUUCAAAAGUAUGAAGAAAACUUGAAAAAAAAAUCGUAUUUCAGCGCAGUAUGUAUAUCAAAGUUUUGAGUUCAUCCUCGUAAGUCAUCAUCUAGUUUCGACCCAUCCAAAUGUUCUAUAACAAAAGCUAGGUACCUACUAGAAGUACUUACUAUUUAGCGGAAUCGUUGAGUUGGUACUCGUUGGAGCGUCCAAAGCACUCCUGCACGCCGGCGUCCGACCAGAGCCUCUUCAUGGCAGCCAGCAGCUCCUCGCUGAACGGCUCCGUGUCCUCCAUCCGUUGGAUCACAUCGAACACCAUCUUGCCGUCGCUCUGUGAAGUUAAAUUCGAUUUAGUAUUAAACUCUAUUAUGUUAUAUGAUGGACUAUCUCUAUUGAGACAUGAUUUAUAUGGACUGAUGGCCUAGCAAGACGUUUGAAAACAGGAGUAUUU